AUGUGGAAAUUGGAUCUCCUUGAGGCCAAAUUUAAGGCGAGUUCUCCACGUUUCCCUCAUACCAAGAAAUUGAUUCUGGCCAAGAACAACUCUAAGCUCUUGAGGAAGCUCCCCACAAACCCAAGUGAUGCAGAAAUGCAAAUAAAUGCCUUGAAGAAGGACUUCUUCGAUAGAAAGUACUACGCAGCAGUUAAAAAAUUGGAAAAGGAAGUCUCCAAAUUGACUAGCAAGGCCAAGAAUGAAGAUGAAGAAGUCAAAUCAUUCAUCUCCAAACCAGAUAACAUCAAUGCAAUGGUUGCUUCAAAAAUUAUCAAAAUCAUCCAGCAAUCUAUAUUGGUGACCAAGGAUCUCAGGUCUGAACCCCCAAGCUAUAUAAACAAAGAUAUUAUAGAAAUCAUUGGGAACAAAGCUGAUGCUCGCAAUCCUUCCAGAUUCUUCAUAAGCAACUGUCAAAACAGCAAGAAAUUGAACAACUAUAUAUCCAACCUUUGGAACAAUAAACAAGUGAAGGCAACCUUGGGAGAUAUCGAGUGGUCUUUUAAGAUGGUAAGGGGAGACUUGACGAAGCAGGAAAAGGAUAACAGAAAGGCACAGACCGGAAAGAGUGUAGAAGAAGACGACGACAACGAUAGUGGAGACGAAUCAGACAGUGACGAUGACGAGGGCGAUGACCCAGUCAGAAACGGUGCCCAAGAUUCUGAAGAUGAAGAUGAGAUACCCCAGAUUGACGAGAAAUUGCUUGAUAAGUACGCCAUUUAUGAAUCCGGCGAUGAGGGUGAAGUGGAACACUUCUCGGUGGAUCCCAAUGUAAACUACAACGAAAUAACCGAUGAAGAACCGUCUUCAGAAGAGUUAGAAGGAGAUCUGGACAUUGAGUCAGAGGAAGAUGGAUUUUUUGAAGAAUCUACAAAGGAAAUCAAACCUAAGCAUAAGUUACCUGAGAUGGCCACUGGUUACUUCUCAGGUGGAGAAUCCGAUUCCGAUGUAGACAAUGAUGAAGUUGUGAAGAAGGUGACGACCCAACGUAAAAACAGAAGAGGUCAGAGAGCCAGGCAAAAGAUUUGGGAACAGAAGUAUGGUAAGGAAGCCAAGCAUGUUCAACUGGAAAAGCAAAGGUACCAGAAUGAAAGAGAACAGAAACAGAGGGAGUUCGAGGAAAGACAGAGAAGGAGAGAAGAAAAGGCUAGAUUGGCAGUUGAAAAUGCUCCAUCUGGUUCCAAUGUUUUACCACUUGGUGAAAGAAAGGUAAGAGAUCCAGCUAAUUUAGAUUUCACAAGUGCACAUGUCCCUGCCCCUGUUGAGAAGGUUCAUCCUUCAUGGGAAGCUAAGAGAUUAGCAGAGGAGAAGCAGAAGAAUGUUAAGUUUACCGGUAAGAAAAUUACAUUUGAUUAG